AUGAAGUUUUCUAACCUUUCAGUCACUCUUUUUGCUGCUUAUACUAUGGCAGCUCCAAUUGCUGACGCUGAAGCUGAUGCUGAAGCUAAAGCAAACCCUGGUGGAAGUUGGAAAAGUCUUUUUAAAGGAUAUUCUAAUGGUGGGUGUGGUUAUUAUUACUCUUGUGGCUCUUCUACGACUACUGUGCCAGUAAGCGUUACAACUCCUAGUACCACAACUACCAGCACUACCGUUGUUUCUGGUAGUAACGGCGGAAAUGGAGGAGCUGGUGGUGGCGGUGGUGCUGGUGGUGCUGCAGGUGUUGGUGUUGGAGCUGGUGCCGGCGGAGGCGGCGGUGCUGGUGGCGCUGGAGGUGCCGGUGGUGGUUCAGCUUCUGGGGCCGGAGGUGGAGCCGGCGGUGGCGGCGGUUCUGGUGGUGCUGGUGGUUCAACAAGCACGUCUGUUGGUGGAUCUGGUGGUAAUGCUACAGGUAGUACUGGAGGAAGUGGUGGGACUACAACUGUUGUUGUUGGAGGAUCCGGAUCUGCAUCUGGAACAGGUGGUGGAAGUGGAAGUGGUAGCGGUACUACAGGUUCUGGAACAACUGGCUCCGGUACAACAGGCACUGGAACAACAGGCACUGGAACAACAGGCUCUGGCACUACUGGCUCUGGCACUACUGGCUCUGGCACUACUGGCUCUGGCACUACUGGCUCUGGCACUACUGGCUCUGGCACUACUGGCUCUGGCACUACUGGCUCUGGCACUACUGGCUCUGGCACUACUGGCUCUGGCACUACUGGAACCACAACCACCACACCUACCACAUCCAGUACUACUACAACGACCACUGGUGGAACCUCUUCUAACAACGUUGUCAACAACAGUAACAGCAACAACGUUAGCAAUAACACUAGUAACAAUAACAACACUAACAAUAAUAACAACAAUAACACCAAUAAUAAUGAUAACAACAAUGCUAACACUAAUAACAAUGAUAAUCAAAAUAAAAACCAAAAUACCAAUCAAAACACGGGUAUUAACAACAAUGCCAACUACGCUGUAAACUUUAACACAAAUUUCAAUGUUAUUACGCUCUAUGUUCUUCCCAGUGGUUUAUUAACAACUAGCUCUUCUGCCACAUCUUUUGGUGGUAUUCCAUUCAGCUUUGUUAUUCAAGGAAAUUCUCUCAUUGCCUCAUCUCCUUCUUUUAGUAAUGGAUAUGUGAUUGUUAAUGGGAAUAACGCCCUCCAAGUUGUCCAAAGUAGCGGCUCAGGUAGUUCAUGGAUUUCCCAAGGUGGUUACGUCACACCAGGAGGUGGUACAAUUGUUGCCUGUCCAGAUGGUCAAGGUAGCUAUACCAUUUACAGCAAUGCCAGCUGUAGCAAUGGAAAAACUGUUGCUUUUACUAGUGAUUGUGUUACUGGUAUUUCUAAGUAA